UAUCUCUGAUUUUAGGUUCGUGGUCUGUGAUUUUAGGUUAGGAAUUAUUAUUAAUGUUUUCAUAAUAUAGUGCUACUUGAGUAAUUAUUAAAUGUUACAAUAAUGUUGCGACGAGCCUCAUCACUAAUUACACAAAAUCGUGGAGUUAACCAGCUAGUAAAACCCUUAGUAAAUAUUAAAUGGACAAGGCCAGAGGCCGUGCCCGCAUAUAAGCCAGAGAGAUCGGGUGACUUGGAAGGGCUCCCACAAAUCCCUAACAAUUCAUUAGGUCACGAAUACAGUCUAUGCGAAGAUAUAAAAGAUGCACCUGAGUCAGUUAAAAAGAUAUUCUCAGUGGAACAUCUGGGCAAGAAAGAGUACAAUUCCCUUGUCAUUAAAGAGUUAAUUGACAGAGUUAGAAGACAUGAGUAUGAUGAGAGAACUGCUGAAACUAGAAUUGCAAGGUUGACUGGACAUAUUCGAUGCUUGCAAGAAACGAUGGAAAAGUUUCCUAGAAAUGCCAAAGCCAAGCAAACAGUUCAAGAGCUUAUAGACAAAAGGAAGAAGUUGUUGAAGUUUCUGCGUCAGUAUGACUACAAGAAGUUUGAGUGGUUGUUAGAAAAACUUAACAUUGAAUAUAAAGCACACCCAGAGUCAUAUCACAAACUAACGCGAAAGGAGUCAUUGCGUAAAUUAACCGAAAUGCACUGUGACAGUAUCCGCCAAAGCAAACUGACAGACUACAGAAACCUACUGGAAAGUCAGCAGGGGCCAUUCCUUAGACAAAAGUUGGAUGCAUUAAAAUUUAUAAGGAAUGAGCAAAUUGAGUUACAAUUACCUAUUACAGUCACAGAGCAAGAUAUUAAGAAAGUUGAGGAGCAGUUAGAGGACUGGAAGGCAAAGGAUGAGUUCAAAGAACAGGCUAAGAAAAAGAAGAAAAAUAUUCUUUUGGAUUGAUGGAUGACAUAAUUUUUUUUUGCCUUUAGUGUACAAAUAAUUCAACCAAAAUAUUACUAAAAGGCCCUUGAUUAUAUUGAUGACAUCCAAAUUGCAUCAUAUUAUAUGUCUAUCUACCUUACAGUAAACCUUACAGUAGUUAUGUUAAAUGGAAAAUGGCAGAGUUGUAUAUUUUGCCCUCAUAAAUUUUGUUUAGAAGCAUUAUACAAUUUGAAUGUCAGUAGCAAUCUUGCUGUUGUGUAGUCUCACUAUUAUCAUCAAUAGUUUUGU